AUGGCAGGUUUGGGCGCCGUAGUGCGCAAUUACAGAUUCGUAAUUGGAUCCCUAACGGCUAUCAUGUUGAUUCUGCUUCUGAGAUCAUCUUCUAGCUCAUCGGGAUUGUUUCAAAUUUCGCCCAAACUGGACGAUGACACAGUGAGCACGCUGCCUAUUAAUCCAGCCCCAGGCUACAUCGAUGACGCUGCAGCCACCAAAAAAAAUCCUACUGUGGCAGACGCUGUAAAACAAGGUCUCACGCAAACGCCCGGAAACAAAUAUUCAAACUCAGCCAAAUGCGAAAAGGAUCACCAAUUCAUCAUCAUGAUUGAUGCUGGUUCAACUGGUUCUCGUGUUCACGUUUAUGAAUUCGAUGUUUGCACAAAACCACCUCGAUUGGUCGAUGAAACGUUCGAAGCGGUUAAACCAGGUCUUUCCUCCUACGAUACCGAUACUGUGGGUGCUGCUAGUUCCUUGGAUGGGUUGCUGGACAAAGCGUUACAGGUUAUACCCAAAGAUAAGCAUCGGUGCUCGCCUGUUGCAGUCAAAGCUACCGCAGGUCUGAGAAAAUUGGGCUCUGUGAAGUCUGACAAGAUCUUAGAGGCCGUCAAGGCCCAUCUGGAAAACGACUAUCCAUUCCCCUUGGUCAAAAAGGACGGUGUUGUGGUGAUGAGUGGUGAAGAAGAAGGUGUUUACGCCUGGAUCACUGCAAAUUUCUUACUGGGAAACAUCGGUGCUGGCAAUAAACUGCCAACGGCCGCUACAUUCGAUCUUGGUGGGGGGUCUACGCAAAUCGUUUUCGAGCCCACGUUCCCUCCCAAUGAGAAAAUGGCCGAUGGUGAGCACAAGUACACGCUGAACUUUGCAGAAGACACUUACACACUAUACCAGUUUUCACAUUUAGGAUACGGCUUGAUGGAGGGCAGAAACAAAGUGAAUACAUUACUAGUCGAGACAGCUCUCAAGGAUGGACUUAUCGAGAAAACCGAAAAGAAAGUUACACUCACAUCGCCGUGUCUGGCACCUGGCACUACUGCUAGCGGUGUUAAAGUUCAAUUGGCAAACGGCGACGAGUAUUCGGUAACUUUCAAGGGCCCCGUUACACCUGCCGGAGCUCAAUGUCGCUCUCUGACCGAUACGGUUCUUGAGAAGGAAGCAAAGUGCACAUUGCCGCCUUGCUCUUUCAACGGUGUGCAUCAACCCUCUUUGGUGUCUACUUUCAAAGAAUCCAAUGAUCUGUACAUUUUCUCGUAUUUCUACGAAAAGACACAUCCCUUGGGUCUACCACGUUCGUUUACCCUUCAAGAACUUGCUGACCUAGCACGAAUGGUUUGCAGUGGUCAAGAAGUGUGGGAGAGCGUAUUUAGUGGGAUUGAAGGUUCUGUCUCGCAGCUUAAGAAAGAACCUCAGUGGUGUCUCGACUUAACUUUCCAAGUGUCGCUGCUUCACACCGGUUAUGAUAUACCUCUUAACCGUGAGCUUAAGACCGCGGAAAAGCUCGCAGACAGCGAACUCGUGUGGUGCUUGGGUGCCUCACUCCCAUUGCUCGAUGGCGAAGACUGGACCUGUAAGAUAACUGAAAAUUGA